AUGAAUACAAGUGAAUUGUAUCUCGCUUGCCGAAAUGGCGAUAUAGAUACGGUCAAACGUUUACUGCCAUCACUUACUUUACAUGACAUCAAUCGUAUGGAGCCUAACGGUAGCACUGCUUUACAUGCGGCUUCUUACUAUGGCCACUAUGAUAUUGUUAAAUUACUAUUGGAAAUGGGAGCUGUUCGUAGUAUUAUUAAUAAGUACGAUAUGACGCCUGCUGACGAGGCAGGAACGUUGGAAAUCAAAUUACUGUUUCGUCGACGACCUGAAGAAGCUCAAGCUCGUUUUAUCUCUACUGGUCAUAAUGUUGAGUGGCAAAAAUCAGCAGCCGGACGUGCAGUGAAAAUAGCUGCACAUAAUUUAGCAUAUUGCAAUCCUUUCGAAAAUAUGACCACUGCAUAUAAAAGCAUAGUACAAGCCAUAGAGUUGCGUGAUUCUAAAGAUAUGAAUCAAAUAAAGUAUUUUCUGGAUAAGGCUUGUGAAACAAAUGAUGCCUCGUACUUACUCCGAGCGUACACGGCCGAAACUGACUUCUACCGUCGGCUUAACAUACGCAGUGCACAAUUAAACGCUAGACGUGGGCAUCCGGAUCCGAACUUAUAUUUGAAAGAAUGGUCUCUUGCAUAUAAUGCUCAAUUAAUAAAGGAUCCCACAUUUCAGAGAUUUCAUUGGACAGGAAAGACCUAUCGUGGUAUGAUAAUAACUGAAUUUGAACUUCAACUUUAUAAUCGUGUUGGUAAUGGUAUUGUUAAUCAUGCAUUUUUGUCGACAUCAAAAGAUCGAGAAGUUGCUCUAUCCUUUGCUUCUUCGCCAUCUCCUGGUGAGAUUUCUGUUAUCUGUGUAUAUACAAUCACACAAGACUGGAGCGCUCUUGAUAUCGAGAAGAUUUCCGAGUAUCCGGAGGAAAGAGAAGUGCUUAUCGUUCCCAAUAUGCAUUUUCGUAUAACAAAAUUUACAAAAGGAAAUCCUAUCGAAGUUGAACUUCAAGAAGAAAAUAUGCAAGAAGCUAUGAACGAAAUGGGAUAUCUUGGAUUUACCGACGCCUUGACAAAAGAUUAUUGA